AUGAAACUGCAACUCUUGAUCUACAUCAAUAUGUCGAUUGCUUAUGAUGAUGGCUGGGAAGCAUACAUUUGGAUGGGUUACACCAUCGAGAUUGUUCUCUAUCUGAUGACAGCUGUUUCUGUGCCGAUUACGUAUCAUCUUUUAUGUCAUACACCAAUCUUAGCAUAUCUUUUAUGGUUUAUGACAAUCGCUAAUUUCCUCUACGUAACUGCUUAUCUCGUUCACAUGCUUGACAUUUCUUGGUCUCUUCGAAAUGUGAUUGGAUUGACACUCAAUAUUUUUAUAUCAUGGGUAUUCAGUCGAGUGAGCAGUGAAGAAUUGAGUCGAAAGCCGAGUGAACCGAUUCUUGAUAGCCGGGGAAGGAUUUUGUACAUUGGCGCAAAGCAGGACGACUAUUUCAGUCAACUCGACGCUCAAUGGGCA